ACGGCCCCCCGCAUCCCGCCCACGCGGCUGGCCCUGCACCACUUUGACAUGAACUACAGCCUGCAGCUGAAGGACCUGUGGCCCUCCGUCCGUGCUGCCCUGCUCUGCGAGCAGAAGUAUGGUGCCCUCCUCAACAACUUCUCUCCUGUUGACCACGUCGCUCAAGAGCUGGAGCUGCUGAAUGCCACUGAUUUUGUUUCCGAAGCCCUCAAAACGGCGCAGCAAUCGCAGUGGGUGAUGGAGGCAGAGACGAUGACACAGGCAGAGAUGUCACCACCACUUUGUGCUUCCAUCAGCUCCAACAUCAAGUGUUACACCUUCCCCAGGGGGGACAUCACGCGCUUUCGCCCUGCACGGCCGGAUGCUCUGGGGCUCCUCGACUAUUAUCUCAUGGACGCAGCAUCUCUCCUGCCCAUCCUGGCACUCAAUGUCCAGCCGGAUGACUUUGUCCUUGACCUCUGCGCGGCUCCGGGUGGCAAGACUCUGGCUCUGCUGCAGACUGGGAUUUGUGGGCACCUGGCAGCCAACGACAUCUCCAUUUCCCGGACAAAGAGGCUGUACGAGAUUCUCCAUAGCUACAUUCCCAAAGAAAUCAGGAAAAUGGUGAGCGUCACAUCCUGCGAUGGAAGGGACUGGGACCAGCUGGAAGGUGGCACUUUCCAUAAGGUCCUGGUGGAUGUGCCCUGCACGACGGACCGGCACUCUGUUAUGGAGGACGACAACAACAUCUUCCACAAGAGACGAACCAAGGAGCGUCAGAUGUUGCCCAUGCUGCAGCUGCAGCUGCUGAUGGCUGGGAUCCUCGCUACCAAGCAGGGAGGGGAGGUGGUGUAUUCUACGUGCUCCCUCUCCCCGCUGCAGAAUGAGUAUGUGAUCGAGAGAGCGGUGGAAAUUGCAGAAACCCAGUUUAACAUCAGGAUCCACGUUGAGGACUUGAGCCACUUUCGGACACUCUUCCAGGACACGUUUUCCUUCUUCUCAGAGUGCCGGCUGGGGGAGCUUGUUCUGCCUCACCUCACAGCCAACUUUGGACCUAUGUAUUUCUGCAAAUUACGUCGGAUGUAG